UCACGUGAACGUGACUGUUGUUUGGCCACUCCGCAAGCAGGUCAUCAUCCGCCGUGAACAAGUUUGCCAUACGGAUGUGUGCUUAUAUAAAAACGGCCGUCCUUCGUCUGCGUUUGUAUCGCAGCAUUUCCGCAGUCGGGAUCUCCUCUACCCAAAUCUCAUCUAGAAUUAUCAAAAAAAUUCAUUUCGUUUUUCCUAAGAUGGUCAAAUUCGCAUUGGUUUUGCUGUUGGGCCUUGUGGCAAUCUCCAAUCAACAGUUUUAUCAGCAACCAGCAAGCGAAAGGUUGCUUUGGUUGUUGUCUUAUUACCCACCACAAGCAGCAUUCAAUACCUACAAUUAUCAACAUGAUCAUAAUCACGAUAUGGGAGAUGGCAGGGCGUCCACAUUUCCUAACUCUUUGUCACAUUCACUAACCAUUCCAACCUAUUCACAAGAUAAACAACCGUAUUCGAAUGCCAUUGAAAAUGCAAACAACAUGGACGAAGAUCAGUUUCCAGAUGUUCAAUCACGAGGCAAGUUUGGCGUGAGUCGUUAUCGGCCUUGGUUUUUGCAACAUCAGACACCGCAAUACAAUCCGCGAAUCGUCAUCAACUUGGCCAGUCGAACCAAUCUUCUCAAUAAAGUGAAAACGGUUACAUUCACGUUCACAUCGUCUGUGACGUUCACCAGCGUGCAAUCGUGCAUUCCGAGCACCGAGUUUUCUCCCGGUUCGGCAGGCGUCACUUGUCGUAAGCGACGCGGGGUUUUAGAGUCGUCACAUUCUAAAUUAGAAACUAGUCAGUUUGCCAUCGCUCCAUCAGACGUGCAACGAGUGGAGCAAACUGUUCUAACGUCGCAAGAUCCAACUGCAGGAAACGGACCAUUGGCCAACGAUGCGGCAGCGAAUCACGGCGUUGUUUCUUCGAAAGACGAAGACACUCUGGAUGAGUUAUCGAACGUUGUUACACUAAAGCCGGUGGGCUAUUUAAGAGAUAAAAGAUUUUUUUUUCAUCUGGUGACGACGACGACAGCCAUCAGCUACACGUUCCUGUCGACAACAGUCACGAAAACAGUUAACUUGUUGAGCCCAAUGCCUGCUCCGAUAGGACAGCUAGUUUGUCUUCCGCAGGGUUACGCUGUCUGCCCUUAUCUUGGCACAUUGCUUCCACGCUAAGCUCAACCAGUUUUCAAAAUAAUAUUAUCCUCUACAUUUGAUGUUAUUUUGAAAGACAUUCAAGUUCUGUUUUGCAUCGUUGUUUGUCUCGCAUACGUCGUCGAAUCUGAUUGACACCUUCAUGCAGCUUUAUCCUUCGGUUUGAAUUCUUUGCAAUCAUAUUAUUUAGGUUAAUGUAUCCGAUAAAAUGAUUCAUUACAAAACUGCAAACGAA